AUGAAUCGGUGUGAUGCAAAACAAAAAGCAUUUGCACAACGAGUUUACAUAGAUCUGAAGAUUUGUCGGAAAUGGUCAAAACUUCAUGCGUAUUUUGAUGAAACAAAUAAAUGGAUAUUUUUUAUCGGCACACAGUCCGAUGAUCAACCAUUGAUAUUCGUUUUGCCAAUGUCAUGUGAUCAACAAUUCACCGUUGAUGAAUUAUUUAAUCUGAAAUCCAAACUGUCUUCGGCGUUACCAGCAACUAUUAGUAGCGACAUUCAAAGUGUAUUAAUGGCAAUCGUUGCGAAUGAUUUUACCAUAGGUUAUUUCAAUUUUACAACGGGCCUACCAACAGUCACGUCACUCGAAUCAGAAACAUCAACGAAUUCAGUCGUAUCUAGUAUUAACAAUGACUUCAUUAGCGAGAUCAAAACAGAAAAUGUAACGAAUGAAUGGUCAACAACUGAUCCAAGCAUCGUCUGGGAUUGA